AUGGGUACAUUGAAAGUCCUCAUCAUCGACCAUUAUGACUCCUACACGAACAACAUCCUUCAGCUCCUCCAGGGCACCGGGUUAGAUGAGUCCGGCCAGGAAUACCCCGAAUGGAGCGUUGCCAUUGUGCGGUUUGAUCAGUUUUCGUGGGAAACCUUCUCAACCGAGCUUCUUCCUUCCCUAGAUGCCAUCAUUCUAUCGCCGGGCCCCGGCAGCCCAGAGCGCGAGGCGGACUUUGGGUUCGACUCGCGCCUCAUCACCGAAGCGAAUAUCCCCAUCCUAGGCAUCUGCCUUGGUCAUCAGGGCAUUGGGACGACAUUUGGCGCGAGGAUCAUUCAUACCCCGAACAUCAAGCACGGUCAGAUAUGCCAGGUCAGUCACAAGGGCAUCGGUGUCCUCAAGGACUUGCCGCAGGGAUUCGACGCCGUGAGGUAUAAUAGUCUUGUGCUUGGCUAUGACAAUCUCCCGUCAGAUCUUGAAGCUACGGCGUGGACGUAUGACCCGGAAGAUAAAUCGCGUAAAGUCCUUAUGGGCAUUCAGCAUCGAUACCGCCCAAUCUUUGGCACGCAGUGGCACCCGGAGAGUGUGUGCUCCGCCUAUGGGUCGCAGAUCCUGCACAAUUUCCGAAAUAUUGCGCUUGACUUCUGGGCGCAGCGAGCACCGUGGAACCGGUGGACCAGCCGUGAGAUUGUGAAGAAUGCCGCCCUCCCUCAGCACAUUCAAGACGCGAAUGUCAUCGUCAAGCAAGCUGCCCGGCGCGAAGCACAAGUUGAGUCCGCGGCCUCCUCACCCGAAGACUUCGCAUAUGUUGUCAAGUCGGUUGCCCUGGGCAAAGGUCCCCCAGCUCCACUGGUUUUCCAGAGUCUAGUCAAAGGGACCUCUGCAGACGGCGAGGUAUGGCUGGACAGUGCCAAAGUCCGCGAUAGCCAUUCACGAAACUCAUACUUUGCCUCGGCCGCGUUUGCACUCAGUUAUGCAACCAAGACGCAGUCGCUUUCGAUAUUCCAGAAUGGGGCUGAGCUCGCCACGCAGCGCCUUCAGGCGAGCUAUUGGACAUGGCUUGAGCACUUCCACCAGGAUAUCAUUCAAAACAACAUCGAAACUCUGUCCCCUGAUCUCCUUGGUCAAGAGACAGAGGUCGGCCAGCCGCUUCUUCAGGUCGGACUCCUCGGUUACUUUGGAUACGAACUGAAGAGGGAGUCGCUUCCGGGAUACGCGUAUACACCGUCGGCUCAAGGUGCCCGAGGCCAUUCUGACAGUCGGCUGUUAUUCUCGAACACUGUCUUCCGUCUGGACAACUAUACAGGCGAGUGGACACUGUUCGGCCUGAUUCAGCAAGGCAACCAUGAUCCCAUCGGGCAGUUUAUCGGGGCCCGCCAGAAUGUGGGGAUCAGCGAGAUCCAGUUCGACAACCUGGUCACUCGAGCUCGAACGGUCUUCGCUGCAUCGCAACUACCAUCCAGCAAACCAGAAUCAUUGCCGCCGUUCGUCGCCCUGGAUAAUGAAGACUCGUAUUCUCAGACGAUCCGCGAGGCCCAAGAGGCUAUUAAGGAGGGAGAAACCUACGAACUAACCUUAACCACAAAGUUCCAGGCCCAAAGCCCCAAGGUCGACCCAUAUUCACUAUACCUGGCACUCAGAGCUCGGAACCCAGCGCCUUACUCCGCUUAUAUCAAUUUCCCUUCACACGACUUAUCUAUCCUCUCUUCCUCUCCGGAGCGGUUUAUAUCUGUUGAUCCCAGCGGCGUUGCAGAGAUGAAGCCCAUCAAGGGGACGCUGGCCGUAAGCCCUGAUCCGGUGGAGGACGAGCGGCGGAAGAAUCAACUCGCGACUGACGUUAAGGAACUCGCUGAGAAUCUCAUGAUCGUCGAUUUGAUCCGCUCCGACCUCCACAAUAUAUCUCCUUCAACUUCAAUCAAGGUGCCGAAGCUGCUACACGUGGAGAGCUACGAAACCGUCCACCAGCUCGUCACAACAAUACAAUCCAACAUUCCACCCUCAAUCAGCAGGGUAAAAGUAAUCGAGCGCUGCUUCCCCCCAGGCUCCAUGACUGGCGCGCCCAAACUGCGCUCCGUGCAAAUCCUCGACGGCCUCGAGCAGCACCGCGAACGAGGGAUCUACUCCGGAAGUCUCGGCUACCUCUGCGCAAGCGGCAGCGUCGACCAAUCCGUCGUCAUCCGCACGAUUGUCCGGACAGGUAACGAGCUGGAACUCGGCGCCGGUGGCGCCAUUACGUGGCUUAGUGAGGCGGAUAGAGAGUGGGAUGAGGUGUUGGUGAAGGCGAAUGCGGUUGCGGAGGCGAGGCCCGCCGUGAAGAAGGACGUGCAGGCUUCUGCACCUCUGUCGGUGUCUGCGUCUGGGUCGAAGGGUUGGGGUGGAAAGGAGACUGGGAAGCACGUUGCGCUUAGCAAGAGGGGAAGAGAGGUUCCCGGGGGGAAUCUGUGGCGCUCGUUGUAUAAUCUGCUUUUCCAUCAUGUUUUGUAG